GAACAGGUAUUUACCUGCGCCAGAAAGCGAAAGGUGCGGAGACGCAAACGCAGACACAAAAAAGCUUCGGUGGUGUUCGCGGAAACGAAAAACGGGCUGAAACAACUGAAAAGUGCAGUGGAAAAACAACACCAGUGCAUCAUUCCGCACGGAAAAUGGUGCACACUUGAUCCGCGAGUCCGGAAAUAUGGUCAUCCAAAUUACCUUCGCCAGAUCGAUCGACGAAGGGUGUUGCUAAAUGGUAGCACGAAGAGAAAGAAAGAUUUGGUGUGGUCGUGUUGAAUGUUUUCCGUGCGUGUGUGAUUAUUUUUUUUAACGAUUUGACCCGUUGAUUUUGUGUAUUUUGUGUUCCCGUUGGGUGAAGAACCAUGUCGUCCAGUGAGAUUGAAGAGUUUGUAAACGGGGCACUCGUGUCGUGGAUUGAAUCGUGCUUACCGCGGCAUGAAAUAAUCGCCGGAUACGUGUCACUGCUCGAUGGCACGAUAUUGCACAGCGUGUACCUACAGAUAGACCCCGAACCACAGCAUCAUCCGGCAAAGAUACGCGGUACCACGGAAGUGUUGACCUCGCUUGCUGCAGCUCGAACGCGUAAUUUUGACGCCAUCAUCAAGAACCUACGCAAUCUGUACGAUGAAGAGCUUGGUCAAACAAUCCUGACCCUGCCGGACUGUUCGGUGUUGGGUCAUUCGCCAGAAUCGCGCGCCGGUCUGGAGCAGAUGAAGCUGCUCUUUACCUUGCUACUUGGCGCGGCAGUCCAGUGUCCAAACAAGGAGAUAUUUAUCGCCCGCAUCAAAGAGCUGGACGUAAACACGCAGCAUGCAAUCGUGGAAGUAAUCAAGCAGGUGACGGACAGCCAAACACUGGUUCUCACACAGGAAGCGCUGGAACAGCUUUCGCCGGAGCUAAUGUGUAAGCACAUUGUCCGGUUAGCGAAGGAGCGCGAUCAGUACCAUGGGAAAUGGAUGUCCUCGUUCAUCACCGACAGUGAGCAGCAGGCUCUCGUAAACAGUUCCAGCUCCAAAAGCAGCCUGCACAAUGCAUCAUCCGCUUCGACCAGCACGGCCAACACGCCGUCGACCACGUCCGAGAACAAUCAUCUCGCGGUUGAGUUGGCUGACUAUAAAUCGAAACUGCGAAAGUUGCGCCAAGAGCUGGAAGAAAAAUCGGAACUGCUGAUGGAGGUAAAGGAGGAACUGGACCACAAGUGCAACCAGUACGAAAAGCUACGCACAGAAAGCCAAGACUGGUACUCCGAGUCGCGUCGAGCUGCAGCGUAUCGCGAUGAGGUAGAUGUGCUGCGGGAACGUUCCGAACGUGCCGAUCGGCUUGAGAUGGAAGUACAAAAAUUGCGCGAAAAGUUGUCCGACGCCGAAUUUUACAAGACACGUGUGGAAGAGUUGCGCGAGGAUAACCGGAUGCUGCUAGAAACGAAAGAGAUGCUGGAAGAACAGCUAGCACGGUCACGCAAGCGCAGCGAUCAGGUGAUGACACUCGAAGCAGAAAUUAUCAAGUUCAAACAGAUGAUGAACGACAUGACGCUGGAGCGGGACGUGGACAAGAGCAAACUGCAGGAAUUGUUGGAAGAAAACGUGCAGUUGCAGCUGGCAACGAAGAAUCUAAUGGCCGGUCCGGAUGCGAAUGUGGCGAACCAGGCUCAAUCCGACACGGACACAGAUGAUCUUCCAUCAAACGAUAACAGUCUCUCGGAACAGUUAACCACGAACGCUCAGACGCGUGCGUUAAAGUUGGAGCUGGAAAAUCGUCGAUUACUCGCCGCGUUGGAUAGCCUGAAGGAAUCAUCCUUCCACGAAAACUCUAACAAAAUUUUGGAGCUAGAGAAAGAUAAGAAGAAACUUUCGCUCCGGCUGGACCAAACGCAGGAAAAUUGUAACCGGCUUGUGCAGCAAAACAGCGAGCUAGAGAACGUGUUUAAGAAUGCGCUCGAGGAAAACAAGAAGCUGCAGGACGCGAUCGAUUCGAAGCAGCAAAUGAUCGACCGCCAGACGCACGAUCGUGAACUCGAUCGCAUACGGCAGAUCGAUCUGGAAAAGCAAAUCGAAUCCCUGACGAAGGAUAAGCAGCGUGUGCAGAAUUUGUUCGAGAGUAUACAGCGCCGCACCAUCGAUCUGGAGCGUUCGAUCGACACCAAGAGUAAGGAAAGUGUGCAGCUAAAUGAGCGGUUGAAAGAGCUGGAAGAUGUGCGCAAGGAGCUGUACGAUUUGCGCGGCAAGUGCUCUACCGUCGAGCGGGAAAACGUGAACCUAAACAAAGAGCUCGUCAAGUACAAGGAGGUGUUGGAAAAGUGCGAACACGAUCUCGACACAGUCGGUGGUCAGCUGGAUGCGAAGGAGAAGGAAAUCGAACAGCUUGCGAAACAGGUAGACGAAGGUUCGGGCGUGCUGGUAAAAUUACAGGAGCUAGAAAAGGAGAAUCAAGAAUUGCUCUCGCAGCAGAAGAUGCACUCGGAUACGAUCGCUACGCUACAGAAAGAUCUGUACGAUGGUACGAUGGCAACGAAGAAGGUGAAGCAAAACCUCGAACGGCUCGGGUUAAACGAUACCGAACUUGAGCGGAACGAUAUGAACGUAGAGGUGUUUGUAGAGAAGCUUUGUAAGAAUCCAGAAUCCUUCAAAACGGUGCGUGAGAUAGUGUUGAAUGUGGUGGGCAAGGAUCAUGGAUCGUCGGGUGGUACUAAAUCGGCCGACAUUUGCGUGCUUUGCCACCGUCAGGAGAUAUACACGGUCGAGAAGAACAUCGAAUUUUCGAACUGUGACGAAACGGUGCCCGAUAACGCGGCGAAUGCAUCCGAGCUGGAGCAAAAGUUGGAACAGCUGAAGCAAGAGCACGCUUCGCUACUUGCUGCACAGGAAUCGUUGCAGGAGGAAAACGCUCGCCAAAAGGUGAAAGUGGCUACGCUCGGGUCACAGAUUGCGUCACUCAACACCCAACACGUGGCGUUACAGUUAGCCAAUUCGCAACUUGCCGUCGAGAAGGAUAUGCUCGUCAAGCAGGUGGAAGCCAAGCGGCAACAGUACGAAUCGUUACAGCACGAUUACGUGGCAUUACAGUGUCUACACGAGCAGCUAAGCAGCGACUACGAUGCGCUGAACGGGGAAAAGGAACUGCUAAAAAAUACCAUUCGUGACCUGAAGACCGAAAAUCGUGAUUAUCGAGAGCGGACGGUAGCGCUCGAGCGAAAGAUCGAAGAGCUGCAGGCUGAGCUGCACUCGAUGAAGGACGGUCUGACGAACUUGAACAAUCUGCGUGCAGAGCAUUCGAAGCUAAAGGAUGACUUCCGGUGUCUGUUCACGACGAGCGAGAGGCUUAAGCAAGACUAUAAGAACUGUCACGAUCAGUAUCGUGUGUUCCGUACGGAAAAUAGUCGACUGAAGCUACGCAACACCGAGCUGUCCGGGGAACUAACGAACAAAAAGGAGCAAAUCAGCAAUCUGGAGAUUGAGUACACCAAAAUAAACCAAAGAUGCGAGAUGUUGCUAAACAUGAACGCCAGCCUAGACAUCGAUCGACGCACGCUGAUGGAUCACGUGUCGCAGAUACUUGCCCAGUAUCAGGAGCUGUUGGCGCACUCGCUGGAAGACAAACAGCAUUACCAUGACGAGGAGAAGAACUUCACCGAUAAGCUGAACAAUCUGAACCGCCAGAAGGAGAAGCUGGAGGAGAAAAUAAUGGAACACUACCGCAAGCUGGACAGUUGUUCGCCGAAAAAGAAACCAUUUGGGCUGAAUCUGGUAAAGAAAAUGCGUCGAGCUGGAUCGGAACUGAUGAACCGUGUCCCAAAUAGGAAUCGCCGUUCCUGGGUGGAAGAACAACGUCUCACCCAAAGCCAAUGUCUUUCAAUGGGGUCAGAAUCGGGCGGCAACGAAUCGGACAAUAGUAUCGAAGAGCCCAAUUCGGUCGCAUCCGAUACGAACUUGCUACAGCGUGGUUCCCAGCUGCGUCAAAGUCUUCAGAGAAAGCCAAACAAUGAAGCGCUGAAUGCGACUCUACUCCGUGGAGGAAUUCGCAGCAGUCUUCAGGCUUCCCGGCGAGAUGAAGUGAAUCCAGCUCAUAGAAACAGUUUCCAGGGGUUUGAUACGGCUACUGAUGCAUUAAACCUUGGGACAGCUGGCACCCGUCGUACGGUGUACCUGGACGAUAAGAUCGUCAACUCUGGCUCAAGCACACCUACCGGUGGUGUGGCGGUAAAUCCUUCUCCUCCACCAUCCAUCUCCACGCCACCACCACCGCCACCGCCGCGUACGGAUCAGAACAGUGGCCCAAAUCAUGGUACGAGUACCGCCAGCCAGUCGAAUUCACCCGGAGAGCCUACGUUCGUGCUGCUGAACAGAAUUUCCACCACUACGACCACUCUGAAGACGGAGACAACGUCCAACUUGCUGCCGGGUGGCACCGCACAGAUGGAAGUGAGCGGUAAUCCGUCCGGUGCACCAAAUGCCGGUUCCACGGCACUAUGCGGCAUGGAGGACAGUAACAAAAAGGACUCGAAUGGAAACAACAGCAAGAAGAAAACGGAACCGAAAAACAGGGACAGUGCGAUAUGGUACGAAUAUGGAUGUGUUUAGGAAGACGUGUAGACGGCAGUACCCAAUGCAAGCAUUUAUUUGUAAACGAAGCAUUGCAACACAAAAACAUAUACGAGCAGUAUUGUAGUAGAGAGAAAGGGCAAGUGAAGGAAAGGAGACAGAAUAGGGUGGCCUAGCAUUUUGACUGACGGCGCAUUUUGCUGACAAUGAAGAAGAGCGGUGGAUAGAAUUCCGCCCUGAAGGAUGCUAGCGCGGAUGUACUUUCUUAACGCUGAGCGGCAGAACGUUCGUUCGUUCAUUCCGCACUAGCACAUUUACCCAGUUAACAAGUGCUUUAACAUAAUACCACACAUACAAAUUAUUGGCAUAGCGCAGGAAGCAGAAGAAGAUGUAAGGAACAAAGUUUACUUUAAAUAAGUCUAAAAAACUACGGUUAUAUUCCGUUUUUGGUCUGCAUUGCAAUGCAUUUCUCGUGUGCAUAAUAAUACGCGUAUCGUGCACGUCGUGAAUAGGUGAGCAAACGCAACGUGAACUCAUUACUUUAUCCCAAGUGCUUAACGUAAUCUCCAUACAACGAAUCCUUUUUGCUGUAUUACGAAACGUAAGGAAUCUCUUAAAAAGUAUCUCCAAGUUUUUUUUAUACACAUUGCUAUAACUGUUCCAUAUAUUCCCUCUCCGUUUUCGAUUAAUGUAUAUGAACCUAGAUGUAAGUUUUGUGUCGCGCUAAAAUCAUUGCUGCCCCGCCUUAUUAUUGGGCUCAAUUGAAUAGUAAAAUAGCGCCAACAACCACCACCACAACGAAUACCACUAACAUAUUUUCGUUUUGUCUUGUGAUAACACUUAACCGCUAAUGUUGAUUGCUCAUUACCAUCCAGUUUAGUUUUUUCUCGUACAAUUUUAUUCCCUCGGAAUUAUUACACCCCACUCGGGUCGGAUACUCAUGUUUCAUUUUUGUGUAACAAACAUUUUCAUACGUGGUUCCGAUAAAACAAAUGAACAAAUCAAAAUUAUACCCCUAGGAUAGCAUGCUUCCUUUCGCGUGAGGACAUAAAAUAGGAUGCGUUUAUUAGGAAUGGAUCUUGCAUGGAGACGAAAAUAGCCAGCAAGGUUCACCAUUGCCGUUAUUAGCAUUUGUAUUUAAUCCUUUUUAGGUACUAAUAAAAGCAUCAUGCAGGAUGUGAGUGAGAGGAUUUUAAGUGAAAUAAAAGAGUAAAAUAAUUGUA